AUAGAAUACAAGAGUGCACACACCACAGAUAUAUUGAUACGAUACACGCUCACACACACAUACUCAACUAUGGGAAUAAUGAAAAAAACCUUUUACCUGCAAUUUCCAUUGUUUGAUAUUCAUGACUAAUUAAUGAUACCGUUGUUUCUUUUAUCCAUUCUAUGUUUUGUUGUUAUACUCUUUUUCAUAAUGGUCUAGCAAAUUAUAUGAAGCUGUAAAUUAAUAUAAACUUAAUUCUCUAAGUCUUUUGUAAAUUUUAUUUGUAUUAUAAGUAAUUUAACAUAUUUAUAUUCAUCUCCUGAAAUUAAUGUAACUUUAUUUGGCUAACCACUAAAAUGGAAGACUAUAAAUUUUUAUUUAAAGUAGUACUUGUUGGUAAUGCUGGUGUUGGUAAAACUUGUUUAGUUCGACGAUUCACACAAGGGAUGUUUCCUCCUGGUCAAGGUGCAACAAUUGGAGUUGAUUUUAUGAUUAAGACUAUUGAAAUAGAGAACGAAAAAGUCAAACUUCAAAUAUGGGAUACAGCCGGACAAGAAAGAUUCCGGUCUAUAACCCAAAGUUAUUAUCGAUCGGCACAUGCCUUAAUAUUAAUUUAUGAUAUUACUUCUCAACCAACAUUUGAUUGUCUUAAUGAUUGGCUUCGAGAAAUUGAUGAAUAUGCAAACAAUAGAGUAUUAAGAGUUUUAGUUGGUAACAAAAUAGACAAAGAAGACCGUGAAAUUCCUUCUCAUGUUGGUCAAGAUUUUGCUCAAAGGCAUGAUAUGCGUUAUUUAGAAACAUCAGCAAAACAAGCAGAUAAUGUAGAAAAGUUAUUUGUUCAAAUUGCUUCAGAACUUAUGGAGCAAGCUAAAUCCAAAGGCAUGUCUUCCGAGAGUCCACAAUCAUUACCAUUCAAUACUAGGACAUCUAAAACCAUCAACGAUUACUGCUGUAAUCGUUAAAAAUAUAUUGGUAUUUUUUAUAUUAUUAAAGGGAGUAAAUCUGAGCUUAUCACAGGGUAAAUUGUAAUCAAACUACUUUCCCUAAAGUCAAUCCAAUAAUAUAUAUAUAUAUAUAUAUAUAAAAAAAAUGUUACCCAACAU